AUUUUGUGGCAUUGCAACUUGGACUUGGAAAAGAUUUACUUUACUAUCAUACUAGUACACAAUUUUUUGUCAAAAUAAUUGGAAAGUUAAGUGAUACAGAUUUCGAGAAUUUUCCAUAAAAUAACGUGACGAUUACGAUUAAAUUUGUUAAUUCAGUGCGAGAAAAUUAUAGUUAGGAAGUUUUGAUUUCAUUGAAUAGUGAAAUUCAUCGUGCGUAGUGUAAAAUAAUAAUUAUACCUAUCCUGAAGGAACAGCUGAUAAUUGUGAUUUUACAGUGCAUUGAAAACUUUUCAACAUGUCCAUUUUUGGAGCUUUAACUGGAGACUUUGAUGAUGAUCCAGCUGUGGCAUUACAAAGAUUCGCCAUGGGAUCAAUGUUUCCGGAUCCUUUUGGAAUGAUGGGACCUCCCGCUCUCUCCGCCGGUUCUCGCCAACGAUCGAGAGGACCUUUUGCUGACAUGCAAAUGAUGCCCUUUGGUUUCCCUUCGUUUGGCUUUCUCAUGCCAACAAUGCCCACAAUGCCAUCAAUGCCAGCAAUGCCCAAUCCGGCAAUGAUGAUGUCCAACUUUGGAAAUGGAAAUUGUCACUCCUUUGCGAGCACUUCUGUGAUGACGAUGACUAAUGGUCCGGAUGGGAAGCCACAAGUUUAUCAAGCUUCAACAUCAACAAGAGUCGCCCCUGGAGGCGUGAAGGAAACAAAAAAGACUGUUUGCGAUUCUCGCACUGGAACAAAGGAAAUGUCAAUUGGUCAUCAUAUUGGAGACAGGGCACACAUUCUCGAACGCAAGAAGAACUUGCGCAGUGGGGAGGAGGAGGAGAAUCAAGAAUACAUCAAUCUUGAAGAAGAGGAGGCCGAUGAUUUUAAUAAAGAAUGGGAAACACGUACACGACGCUCAGUUGGUGCAAUCGGAGGUGGUCCAGGAACUUCACACAACAGACGUCGAUCAGAUCAAAGGCAUUUAGCCUUACCCAGUCCAUCAUCAAGUAGUCGACAGUCUAGUCACUCAAAAUGGAUACCCUCACCGAGAAGAGCAAUACGAGCUUUAACGUCUCGGUACAGCCACAAGUAAUUAAAUAAUUAAAAAAAGCAUUGUUCGCAACAGAGAUGAUUACCUGAUAAUGAAACCGAUGAAAAAUCAUCUCCUACAUGUUCGUCUGGACGAAAACGUGAACACACACCAGAAGCAGAAGUUAAUCACAAGCGGCACAUCACAAAAGAAACUGAUGAUUAAGAAUCUCAUUAAAAUAACUAAUCCACUUAUCAUGUACAAUCUAAAAAUAGGAAAAGUGAAGAAUAAAUAAUUUCUCACAAUUUGGCAUGCCAGUAAAACGUACAGAUAUUACUGAAAUAUCUACUGGUACACUCUUAACUUCUGGCGAUAUAUCCUUAUCCCAAUUUAGUUGUGGUCUUGUGGUGGUUGGCCAGAGAAGUAUAAAAUAUACAUCAGACUUUGUUUAAAAGUUAAAAUUACCUAACAUUGAUAAAAUAGAAAAUAAAGAAAGUAAUACAAUUGAGAAUAAUUUCCCAAUUAUUAUAAUUCAGAAUGUAAUAAGUAGUUGAGUCUCAGAAACUGGAAAUAGAUUUAACGAAGAUGUGUAACGCGGAUCAAAAAAAACUUUUGUCCCGACUUUUCUUUUAAAGAAAUAAUUUUUUUUUUUUGAAUAUUUUUGAUUAGUUCUUUAAUUUUAACAAGAAUUUUCUUUUCAGUCGCUGAUGAAGUUGCACUGGCCUUUUCACUUUGAAUCAUUGCGCCUUUUGUUCUAAAUUAGCUUUUACAAUCUUAACAGUUGAUCCGUUUGGAAUAUCUAUCCUUUUGUUGUUAUAAUCUUCAGAAAGAAAUUAGUAUUACAACUUUA